GUGAUUCGGGCACCUCUGAGGUCCACAUGGCUCGCCUCGUGCUGCUCCUCGGCUUUCUCGCCGCCGCGUCUGCGCUCGUCGCGCCGCUGCCUGCACCUGCGAUGCAGUCGCGGCUCGCGGUGUCGCGCGUCGCGCCCGCGCCGAUGAUGGCGGAGCCUGAGGGGAAGUCGAUUGUCAUCGGCGCUGCGGCCGCCGGCGGCAUCAUCGGCGUCUACCUCUUCCACGAGCUCUCGACGGGCGUGCUGCUCGCCGUCGCUCUCGCCUACGGUGCGACUCUGUCGAACAAAUUCGGCGAGAUCAGCAAGUCGACGGGCACCGUCGCGGCCAAGGUCUACUCCAAAAUGCUGGAGCUCAACGAGCAGUACGACCUCGUGCCCAAGGCGAAGACCGCGCUCGACACCGCCUCCACCGCCGCUGCCAACCUCGACAAGAACUACGGCAUCACCGCCAAGAUCGACGACCAGCUCAAGAUCUCGCAGGCGAUCGACAAGGCCACCGCCAAGAAGGUGGACGAGGUCAAGUCCUCCGUCUCUGACAAGCUCACCGACCUCAAGGCCAAGUCCGAGACGGCCUAAACGCCCCCCCUCUCUUCCCGUCCCCCCUCGUCGUGCAUGCCGCAGUAGACCGAGCAGCAUUGUCCCAAGCGCCGCGCCCCUCGCUGCGCUGCGCGGGGUCGCCCCCGCGUCGCGGCGGGGCCCGGGGUGCUCUGUGCCGUGUCCUUAGCGCGCCACUCAGCGCACGCCCGGCCCGUCUUCCGCCUGAUAGGACGAGUAGUGCCCCCCCGCUCUGCUGUCUGAGCUUUAGCGGCGGGGGCGAGUCGCGCGCGCUUUGGACAUGUGUUUCAGUGUUUCCCUGUGGUGUGCGUGUCGUUCGUUACGGCUCUAUACAACAAAUGAAUAAAUA